AUGAUGGAGGAAGUAGCUGAUGAUGUUGAGGACGGCGUUGGGGAUGCAAGAAAGAUAUACCUCAAAACUUGUGUGCCCUUGAUGAAGUAUGCAUUGAGAGGAGAUUGGGAAAAUGCACAGCCCUUUUUGUUGCAUCAAAGGAUGUUGGUAAAUGCCGGCAUUGCCAAAGGACACCCAACAAUGUUGCAUCUGGCAGCAGGAGCUAAUCAUUUUCAUUUUGUAAAGCAACUCUUAAAUUAUUUGAAUGAAGAUGAUUUAGCAUUACAAGAUUCUGAGGGAAACACUGCCCUUUGCUUAGCUGCUGGAGUAGGAAACAUAAAGUUGGUUGAGAUUAUGUUGCAAAAAACUCCUUCCCUGCCUGGAAUUAGGAAUAGAGAAGGUUUAACUCCUCUCCAUAUUGCGGCUAUACAAGCAAAACGUCAAAUGACAUCAUAUCUAUAUAACAAGACUAAACAAACACUUGAAGAUGUCGAUCGGAGGAAGUUAUUCUUCAUCUGCAUUCAAAAUGAUAUCGUUGGUAUAGCAUUGGAUUUAUUAAAUAAUAUGGAAGGUUUAGCUCUUGCAAAAGAUGAAAAGGAUGAGACAGCCUUGCAUGUCUUAGCUAAGAAGACUUCAAGUUUUAGUGAUAUACAAGAAAUAAUCAAAGGACCAUUGUUUGGUGCUGCUGAAGUUGGAAAUUUUGAGUUUUUAGUUGUGCUCUUGAAGAAGUAUCCAUAUUUGAUUUGGGAGGUGGACAAUAGAAAUAGAACGAUAAUUCAUAUCGCAGCGCUAUAUCAACAUCCAAAAAUCAUGAACCUCAUCCAUGACAUUAGUCCAAUCAAAGUUGUCAUAUUGACACUUACCGAUAUAGAAGAUGGGAAUAACAUAUUGCAUCUUGCCGCAAAAGUAACACCAUCAAAUAGAUUUGAGUUGGUGACAGGCGCAGCAUUUGAAAUGAUAUGUGAGCUAGUAUGGUUUGAGGUAGUUUGCCCUUAUGUGCUUUCGGAGGUGAAGAAGAUUAUGUUGCCCUUACAUAUUGAGAAGAGAAAUUUGGAAGGCCUAACUCCUCAACAAUUAUUCAGUAGAGAGCAUGCUAAAUUACGACAACAUGCAGCGGAUUGGAUGAAAUUCACUGCAAGUUCUUGUAUGCUAGUUUCAUCACUCAUUGCGAGUGGAAUGUUCUCGAUUGCAUUCGGCAUAACAGAGUAUGCAAGUAAUCCAACAAGUCUUACAUUUGCAAUAUCUAAUGCUCUUGCAUUGGUCUCAAGUUUAAUAUCAUUUGUGGCUUUUCUGUCUGUCCUCACUUCAAGAUAUGAGGAACAUGAUUUUCACAAAUCUCUACCUAGAAAGCUGAUGACUGGAUUGCUGACUCUUUGCUUAGCCAUAUCAUUCAUGAUUUUGGCAUAUUACAGUGGCUUCUACAUUACAUACUUCGGCGGCAAAAGGUGGGUGAGUGAUCCAUUGGAGUAA